AUGGCGAGCAACGAGUCCAAGGCCGCCGCCACUGGCGCGCCUGAUCACCACCACACCCCCGGAAUGGAUCACAACACAGACCCUGCGCUCGAUCCCGUGCACCAGCAUCAGCAUGCACACCGCCAUCACUCUCCUCGCGUCGACGCCGCCGGCCACGACGACGUCGUUUACACGAGGGGCACGAAUGUGGACCCCACGCUCGUCCCAACCCAGGACCAUCGGCACGACCACGGCCACACGCACGGCGUCGAGAAGGAUGCCAUCGGGACGCCGCCCGACUACAGCGACGACCACGAGAAAGGGGACACCGGUGUCGUCCGCACCGCUGGCCAGCUCUCGACCGAGUCAACAUCCCGCUAUGCGAAGCUCGGGCCCGUCUACCGUCAUCGUCGGAUCCUCACGCACCUGUUCCUCUUCCUGCUCUUCACCGGCUGGUGGAUCGCGUCUUUGAUCCUCCACCGCGACGACAAGAACUGGGUGGUGCCAUUUCUCCUGUGGCUGGCUAUUACGCUCCGUCUCAUCUUCUUCCAUGUGCCGAUCAGGUACAUCUCUGGGCCCAUCCGGUGGGUGUGGCAUCACACAGCGCUCGUCAUUUACGAUGCCAUCCCCGAGAAAUUCCGUACGCUCUGCGGCGCGGCCGUCGCCAUUGGCGCCAUCCUCAUCGGCUCCUUUGCCUCCGAGGAGAAUGCCGACAACACUCGGGCAAACCGUGCCGUGAGUCUGGUAGGCCUGGCCAUCAUCCUCUUCUUUUUCUGGCUCACGAGCGCGGCGCGCAGGCGCAUCAACUGGCGCACUGUUAUCGGCGGCAUGCUCGCGCAGUACAUCAUCGGCCUCUUCGUGCUGCGCACCCAGGUCGGCUACGACAUCUUCAAAUUCAUCGCGGACCGCGCCGGCGACUUGCUCGGUUUCGCCAAGGACGGCGUCACUUUCCUCACGAGCCCGGACGUGGCUGCCCUCCCAAUGUUCUUCUUUGGCGUCAUUCCCGCCAUCAUCUUCUUCAUCUCCCUGGUGCAGGUUCUUUAUUACAUUGGUUUCCUCCAAUGGUUCAUCAAGAAGUUUGCCACCUUCGUCUUCUGGGCGCUCGGCGUGUCCGGUGCUGAGGCGGUCGUCGCGGCGGCUACGCCCUUCAUCGGCCAGGGCGAGUCGGCCAUGCUGGUCCGUCCGUUCGUGCCUCACAUGACCAAGGCCGAGAUCCAUCAGAUCAUGACCUGCGGCUUCGCCACCAUCUCCGGCUCCGUCCUAGUUGGCUACAUCGGCUUGGGUCUCAACGCCGAGGCCCUUGUGUCCUCCUGCAUCAUGUCCAUUCCUGCCUCGCUGGCCAUCUCCAAGCUGCGAUACCCCGAGACCGAGGAGACCCUAACGGCGGGCCGAGUCAUCAUUCCCGACGACGACGAGCACAAGGCCGAAAACGCCCUUCAUGCUUUUGCCAAUGGCGCAUGGCUCGGUAUUAAGAUUGGUGGCACAAUCAUCGCCUCCAUUCUCUGCAUCCUGGCCGCGGUCGGCCUCAUCAACGGCCUCCUGACGUGGUGGGGCCGCUACCUCAACAUCAAUGACCCGACCUUGACGUUGCAAACGAUCUUGUCCUACGUAUUUUAUCCCGUCGCGUUCCUGCUGGGCGUUCCCCAGAGGGACUUGUCCGAGCUGCCUCCAGGCUCAACGAAGGACCACGACAUCUUCCGCGUGGCCAAGCUCAUUGCCGAAAAGGUCAUCACCAACGAGUACAACGCCUUCUUCAAGCUCGCCCACGACCCGUACUACGCCAACAUGUCAAAGCGCUCGCAGCUCAUUGCCACGUAUGCCGUCUGCGGCUUCGGCAAUAUUGGGUCCCUGGGUAUUCAGAUUGGUAUUCUUGGCCAACUUGCGCCGUCGCGCGGCGGCGACGUGUCCCGGCUUGCCGUUUCCGCCCUCAUCUCCGGUGUCAUGUCGACGCUAACGUCGGCGACGGUCGCUGGUCUUGUCGUGACCACGCAGAUCAACAACUUUGCGCAGACGAAUUCGUCGGGUUAA